GGCCUAAGAGAGCCACGUGAAGAAGGGCACCUAAUUGCCAGAGCUCGGUUCUUCAAUCUUCAGUCUUCUCCUUUCAUACGAAUUUGGGGCCAAUGAACCCGACCCCCACGCCUGAAUGCACCAAAUGCGGUAAUUCAUAUCUUCACAGCUCUGCUUUUCCCUUCAUGGCACUUCAAAUCUGGAUAUUUGAACUGGAUAAGGCUAUGUUUUAUUUCGCGACUUGAAUUCUUCUUGUUCUCGAGAUGCAUUUAGCUGCUCUGAACUGGUAUUCCAAAAAAAUAAUGAAUUUAUGUUUUUGUAGAUCAAUUGCUUACUUAGUACCCCUCUAAGGCUCUAACACACGGUUGGCAAGAAAUAUAAAAUCUACUUUAGAAAAAAUGGUUCUUUGGGUGCUUAUGCUUGGAGAUGUAUCUGUAUGCUGUUACCGUAAGACUUUUACUGCAAGAAAGUUUCUUUCAAUUUUUGGAAUAUUUUGAGACGGAAACAGUAAAAAAACCUAAGUGGACUGAAGGUUUAUUAAGUGUUUAUGGGAAGUGUAUCAAUUUGAGCUUUAGAAGAGCUGCUUUGGUUGAAGAUUUGAGAAGUCUUGCCCAAAGGGGAUUUUAAGCUAAAUUCAAUGCUCGAUGCUUAUUCAAAGAUAGAAAGACAGAAAGUUUAUUAAUUAAUUAGGUGUGAAGUGAUUUCUGGUUUUGAUGGCUUCAAUUAGAAGGACAUUGUCCCCGGUGCCUAGGGUGGGGAGUCCUAUGAACGGGGAAGCAUGCCCACUUUCAUCCUCUCCGUUGUCCAAGUCAUCCUUGAGUAAUCAGAACCAUUUACCCCCAAGUUUUAUGUUUCCAUCACCCAUUGCAUCAUUGGAUUAUGCAUUGUUCAGAGCACAAAGUUUUAUACAUGGUUUUAUCUCCCAUAGAAAACCCUUAGAGAGGUCAAAGUUAAGGGGGAAAAUUUGGAAGAGAUCCCUUCUCCAUUACUUCUCAUGUUUUGUUCUCGGGGUCUUUCUAGGCUUCACUCCUUUUCUUUCCCCGAUUUUGUCCCCCCAAAAGGACGAAAAGGUCAACAAUCUGUCAUUGAGAGCUGAGAAUGUGGUGAUCGUGGACAAUUCGACGACAUCGGAUUCACAUCCCAAGAAUAACAUGGCGAUAUAUGGGAAUGAUGCAAAUGUUCAUUUCAACCAAACAAUGGAUUUCCACAAACUCUUAAUAGUUGUGACUCCAACAGAGCCUCGUCCCUUUCAAGCAUACUACUUGAAUCAUAUAGCACAUACAUUAAAACGGGUCCCGCCACCUCUGCUGUGGAUAGUUGUGGAGAUGAACUCCCAAUCUUUGGAAACAGCUGAUUUGUUGAGGACAACGGGAGUAAUGUACAGGCAUUUGGUGUGCAAUAACAAUAAGAAUGUGACAGAAAUAAAAAGAGACAAACUUGUACACAUGAGGAAUGCUGCACUAUCGCACAUUGAAGCGCACCGCCUUGAUGGGAUUGUUUACUUUGCUGAUGAUGAUAAGACCUAUUCUCUUCAACUCUUUCAGGAAAUACGAGAUAUCAGGCGGGUUGGAGCAUGGCCAGUGCCAAGAAUGGCUGAGAAUAAAAAGCAUGUUAUCUGGGAAGGUCCUAUCUGCAAAGGUAAAAAGGUAUUAGGGUGGCACACUGAUGAUAGGAGGAAACGUAUCCGGAGAUUCCAAGCACAAGUGUCGGGAUUUGCUUUCAAUAGCACAAUUCUCUGGGAUCCUAAGCUGUGGCACAGACCUACGCUUCAACCCAUCAGGCUCAUUCAUAGUGUUAAAGAUGGCUUCCAGAGUACACAAAAAUCUACCUUUGAAGGGAUUCGAACUCGGACUGCUUAUGAAGUCUACAAGGGAAAUUCCACCUCUUCUACCAACACGUUUGUGUGUAUUUUGAUGUCAAUUUUUCUUUAUUCUCAUUCCCAGUGAACUAAUGAAAAAACUAAUACUUAUUAUAGAUUAUAAUUAUUAUAGAUAAUGAUUAUAAUAAUAAAUAAUGUUAUAUUUAAUUAUUUCUAUUAUAAUAUACGUAGUAAUAAGUAUUAAAAAUAGAGUAAUCCUAAAUUAGAAUAACUAUUCCAAAAAUAUUAUAUAUAUAAUUAUUAUACAUAAUAUAUCUAUAUACACCCAUCAAGGCUCGCGAGCCACGAGCCUAAAAUAAUGAGGCUUGACUCGAGCUUGUUUAGUAUACGAGUCGAACCGAACUCGAGCCAAACUUGAAUAUGACCGAACUCGAGUCGAGCUUUUCCCGAGCGAUCCACGAGCGGCUCGUGAAUGGCUUGGCUCGUUUGCACCCCUACUUGUAACAUUCUUUUAGUUUUUUUAAUUUCAAUUUCUGAUAGAGAAACAAGGAAAUGGGUUUGCCAGUUGAAUAUUUCGUUUUUUAGUUUUCCAAAAAAAAAAAGAAUUUAAGAAAUGAUUGAGAAUGAGAUUUUCUUGUUUUCAUUAUUUUUGAUAACAUGUUUUCAGUUUUGAUAUUGUCUAUAAAACAUUUAAUUUUUUUAUAAGGGAAAAUAAAUUUAGAUAUUAGGAACUAUUGACUAACUAUUUCAUAUCCCAAGUAUUCAAAUGGAGUAUAUAGCAAACCAUCAAAAACUUAUAUCAAACUGACAAAUAAAGCUUAUUCGAUGGUUUGAUAUUAUUUUCUGAUGGGUUAAGUUACCGUGUUUAAUGUAAAAAAGUAGGGCCUUAACAUUUCUCCUUAUAUAUUUGCAAGGUUUGAGUAUGAAAUAGGUAAUUUUAUAGCAUGCAAUGUUAUGAGUUGAGGGACAAUAGUUAGUAUUAUUUAAAGUUGUUUUUCGCUUUUAAAAUGAAUAGUACGGAGUAUAAAUCAUGUACCGAAACAGACUAACCAAAUAUGUUAUACAUUUUGAAAAGUUGAGAACCAACCAAAAAGAAAUUCUGAAGGCAGAUAAUGUGAAACAUGAAACAUUACCAAACAAACCUGAAGAAAUCAUGUUGUGAAACAUUACCUAACAAGCCAUAGAUUACCGUAACAUUCUCCAAUUGCUUUCAUAGCAGUAAUAUGAUAUUACCAUAAAAUCUCAUAACCUGAAUCAAACAGGGCCCUCCUCUACCUCACAUUCUCAUUUCAUCCAUCUGAGUUACUCUCAAUUGAUCUAUCUGUACAUUUGUUCUUAGCUUAUAUUUUCUUUAUAAUUAAAUAAUCAUGCCCCCACUCUUUUUUAUUGAACUUUUGAUGUAGUUCUUAGUUUGUAUGUUCAAUUUGCUUAUAUUAAAUUAUACAAAAGUAAAAUUAAAAUAUUUUCAGGUUUGUCUGGUCCCAUAAUUUAGGCAUAAAAUAGGAAGGUGGGAGUAAUAUUACAUAUUUAUUUAAUGAGACACACUUGUUAUGUAAUGUGGGAUUACUUAGAACCAAAUGCCCGCCCUCUCAAUGAGAAUGUUGGUAUUCAUAACAUGAGUAGUUGGCAUUGCGUCUGCGUAGUUAUAUGUAUGACCGGUCAGCUUCUAUGUUUUCCAUUCCAGGCGACUACAUUCAUUGAACAAUUAGUGGAAGAUGAAAGCCAAAUGGAAGGUGUUCCGCUGAACUGUUCAAGGGUCAUGCUAUGGCAAUUUGACAUAGAAAUGUCAUAUGUUAAUUACAGCCCUAUUACGAGAAAUCAUUCAACCACUACCCUUGUAUGGCAAUAAUAAUAAGAAUGUACGUAGUGUCGUUAGCUUGAUUCAUGACAGCUGAUUGCCUGCCCAUUGUGCUUUGCUGUGCUCCCUCUGCCUCUACUAAGUUCGUAUCCACACGUACGCCGCAGCAGCACGUCCAAUACAUGAUGAUAUUCAAGCCAAGUCAUUUCAUUUGCCUAAACUUUAUUACAAGCCCGUUUUUUCUGUUCUAACUUCUAUGGUAGAUUUUUUUUUUGUUUUAUGAUCUGUUUAGGGUGUGCCAUUCACUAUGUUCUGCAGAACUCAUCUGUAUUAUUUAAUUUAGUAGGUAUUCAAAAAUAUUCUUGAAAUUUAAUUAGUGGAUAAAAAUGUGAGAAAAGAUACUAUUAAUAUAUUGUCAUGGUCAUUGGAAUGUAUGAUGAAAUAUCACGCUAAGAUUAUACACUAAAAUCAACAUCACAUAAUUAUACAUAAUUAUAUA